AUGGCUCAAGCAGUGGAGGAAUGGUACAAGCAGAUGCCUAUCAUCACCCGCUCCUAUCUCACGGCCGCUGUUGUCACCAAUAUCGGUUGCUCCCUCGAUAUAAUCUCUCCUCAUAAUCUAUACUUGAACCCUAUACUAGUUGUCAAGCAGUAUCAAUUCUGGCGCCUCGUCACCAAUUUCCUGUACUUCCGGAAAAUGGACUUGGACUUUAUGUUCCACAUGUUCUUUCUUGCUCGGUACUGCAAGCUUCUUGAAGAGAACUCUUUCAGGGGAAGGACUGCUGAUUUCUUUUACAUGCUCUUAUUUGGCGCCACUGUGUUGACUGGGAUAGUUCUGAUUGGAGGGAUGAUACCAUAUUUGUCAGAGUCAUUUGCGAAGAUUAUAUUCCUCAGCAACUCUCUAACAUUCAUGAUGGUCUAUGUGUGGAGCAAGCAAAAUCCUUUCAUCCAUAUGAGUUUCUUGGGCCUCUUCACUUUCACAGCAGCAUACCUACCGUGGGUUCUUCUAACGUUCUCCGUCAUUGUCGGGGCUAGCGCUUGGGUGGAUCUUUUGGGAAUGAUUGCUGGUCAUGCCUAUUACUUUCUGGUAGAUGUUUACCCGCAAAUGACAGAUCGCCGGCCCUUGAGAACCCCUUCUUUUAUCAAGGCACUAUUCGCAGAUGAUCCUGUUGUGGUGGCACGACCAGAAAAUGUCAGAUUUGCACCUCCACCUGUUGAGGAACUUCACCAAGAUAUUUAG